AUGGCACAGGGCACGGUUGAGAGCCAUGUUGUGUGGGUCACCCCGAGGGAUGACUUGAGAGCAAGGAGGGCAGAUGCUGAUGGGGUUGGUGGGAUGUCGAUGGGGAAGAGCGAUAAUGGCACAGGGCACGCCUGUGAGCCAUGUUGUGUGGGUCAGUCCGAGGGAGGGGGAGGUGGAGGAGGAGGAGGAGGAGGAGGAGGAGGAGGAGGAGGAGGAGGAGGAGGAGGAGGAGGAGGAGGAGGAGGAGGAGGAGGAGGAGGAGGAGGAGGAGGAAGAAGAGGAGGAGGAGGAGGAGGAGGAGGAGGAGGAGGAGGAGGAGGAGGAGGAGGAGGAGGAGGAGGAGGAGGAGGAGGAGGAGGAGGAGGAGGAGGAGAGGAAGGGACGGCAACGACAGAUGGCCUGACAGACAGAAGAAGAAGAGGCACCCAUGGCACAUGCAUGAGGAGGGGCAGACUAGCGGGACAGACUAGCGGGACAGUCUAG